AUAAUAAUACUAAAUGGAUAAUAUUAUUCAUUUGAAAAAAUUUUUGUUGAAUUUUUUUUUUCUCUUUUUUAUCUCUCGAGCUUUAAGUUUCUUUACCGUAUGGACAUUGGCAACUUAGGGAUUGAUAAGCCGAUGUAUUAUGGACAUUAUGGUAGCUGGCAAGUGGCAGUGGUUGCCUUGACAACAAAUAACAAUGAACAAUAUUAAUAAAAGCAACUGUCAAUCUGACAUCCAGAAGCUUUAAAAACAAUUGUCUUUUAGAUUAAAAGUAAAAAAAAAAAUAGUAUUUAUCAUCAUGUUGUUUAUUUAAUAUUUUAUAAAUAAUAUAUAAAAAGAAAAAAUAAAGUUAAUGUCAUUUUUGUUUUACUAUGUCAUAUUUUUAUGGAACUCCAAUAACUAGUUCUGACAGUCAGUCCAAAAAAAAGCACAGAAGAAAAGUGACGACAAACGAUUUGGAAUUGGAGCAAGUUCAUGAUUGUCGACAACGACGUAAACACCCAUCAAAAACAAGAUCAACAAAAUCAAAGUUAUUCGUUACGACUAAUGAGACAAAUGAUGAAACUAUUUCAUCACCAAAAUCAAAGUACAAAAAACACAAGGAAGUUGACAAAUUACUGACUGAUAAUGAAAAAUUAAUAUCAAAAUUAGAAACAACACCUGAAUCAGGAUUUAUUGAAGAACUGAGUGAAAAAGAAAAUAAAUUAAUUAAAUAUAGAAAUCGUUGUAGUAAAUUAGAAAAAUCAUAUCAAGAAAAUGAAUCAGAAAAAGUAAAAUUAGAAAAACAACUUGCAAAACGUGAAAAUGAUUUUAUUGAAUUAAAUUUUCAUUAUGAAGAACUAGUUAAAUUAGUUAAAUCAUUUGAGCAAGAAAAAUCAACUCAUUUAAUUGAGUUGAAAAAAUUAAAAACUGAAAAUUUACAGCUAAAUGAGGAUGUAUCAUUAUUGAAAGUUUUGAUAUACAAAUUAAAUGUAGAAAUUGAAAGAUAUCAGGACAAGCUGAGACAGAUUAAUCAGCAGAUUGAUGUUGAUGAUAAAAAUGUUAAUCAAGCCACUGAAAAUAAAAAGGUUUUUGAAUCAUGGGGAAAUGUCAACAGCCAUGUGUUGGCUCCACUUCUUGAUGCUUAUCAUGAAAAUAUUGAAGAAAAAGAAAAUUUGAUUAAACAAUAUCGUCAUGAAAUUGAUCACUUUGGUGGAAGAUGUAAAGAUAUUGUUGCUGAAAAUAAUGAAUAUCGUAAAAAAGUUGAUGAAUAUAAAUCUGAGCUGGAAAAAAUGUCUACAGAAAUGACAAUGAUACUGGAAGAUGCAAAUUUAGUUAAAGAAGAAAAUAGUUUAUUGUCACGUCAACAAGCAAUCCAUCAACAAAAACUUCAUGAAAUUCAUUCAGUUUAUGAAAAAAAAGUUGAAUUAAUGUCACAAGAUAACAAUAAAUUACACACUAAUUAUAUGAAUUGUAAAACUGAGCUCAGUAAUAUUCAAGGAAAAUAUGAAAUAUUAAAUGAAGGCUAUGAAAAGCUCAAAAAAAAUUCUGAUAAAACAAUGCCAGUAUCUGUUCAUAAUCAAGCAAUUGAAGAAUGCAAAUCACUUUUUGAAGAAUUAAAAAAUCAAUAUGAUACUGAAAAAAAAAAACUUGUUAGUCAAUUAAAAAAAUAUGAAGAAAUUAAUCCAGAUUAUGAACGACAAUUGUUAACAUUAACAACAGAAAAAGAUCAAUUAAAGCAACAAAUUAAAAAUUUAGAAAAAAAUUUAAAACACACACAAAAUAAAUUAAAAUAUUUUCAAAAUUUAAUUUCUUCAAUUCAAGUAUCAAGAGAUUCAUUUAAACGACAAUUAUCAAAAACAACAGCAUACUGUGAAGAAUUAGUUAUUGAACAAGAAAAAUUAAUAACUGAAAAAAAUAAAUUAAUGACACUAUUAGAAAAACGAGAAAAAGAAAAUGUAAAUAUUCAAAAUCUUGGUGAUAAUAUUGUUCAAAGAAUGGGUACACUUAAGACCCAACUUAAAAAUGUACAAAAAGGUGCAAAAGAACAAUUAGAAACAGUUGAAAAACAUAUGAAAUGUCAAGAAAAUGAUGUUGGAAAAAUAAAACUAGAUCAUCAUCAUGAAUUACAAAGAUUAAAAAAAUUGCUUAAACAAAAAGAGGAUGUGAUUGGUAAAUUACAACGUGAAAAAUUAACAACCCAAGAUAAUUUAGAAUUAAUAUGGAAAACAGCAAAAAAUGAUGAUACAAAUGUUAAUGAUGUUUUUAAAAAUAUUAGAAUUAAUAAUGUUUAAAUAAUUUAUUGUUAAUUAAAUUUUAAUGAUUCAUCAGUGUUAAUCUAGUCAUUAAAUUGAAUAAUAGAUACUUUUUUAAAUUUAUUAUCAUCAUUUUUCAAAUAUUACAAUAAGAAUUUUGUUUAUUUUAAAUA